AUGGCGAAACCUAUGAAACCAAUCGAUUUACGAAAAUUAGCGGCUAAUUUUGCUAAAGAAAAGUCCAAAGAAGAACGUUAUUGGCAACAAAAUGAUGCAAAGUUUCGUGCUGUACAUCAACGUUGUACAUCAUACGAUGAAUUUCGACAAAUAGUUGAUGCUGCACAUUUACGUCCACUUGAUCGCAAUGAAACAUUAACAUUAGAACGACGACCUGUUGGAUGGAAUCAACCAGCUGCUGCAAAUUCUGUUUCAUCAUCGAACAUACUAACUUCAUCGGAACCGAUUGUUAAUCAUCAAAUAGCAUUUUCAACACCAAAAAAUGUAACCGAGUUCAUGCAGCAAUGGCGUCGAAUUUCACCGGAUAUAAAACUUGAUUAUUUACGUCGAUUAAAAACUUCAGAAAAUAUUUUUCUAACAGAUAUUCCUGCAGAUCUCUUACAAGAAUUACCUUUACUAUAUCAAUCAAAUGCAUCAUAUAAUGAUGGUGAAAUCAUUUUAGAUGUUCUUGUAAAUUUAAGUAAAUCGAAACGCUUCGAAUUAGUUAAGGCUUUUUUAAAUGAUAAAGAUAAAUUUGAACUUGAUCUACUGUUUUCACGUCUGUGUUCAUUUGUUAAUUUACGUUUUUCUGUAUUUUUAUUAAGAAAUGUUUAUUUAUAA